AUGAGCAACAGGGUUGUGUCACAGGUCUACCGGACCAUUAUCGACGAUGUGAUCAACAACGUGCGUCAGGACUUUGACGACAUGGGCAUCGAGAAGGAAGUGCUCGAAGAGCUGCAGCGUUCGUGGGAGGCCAAGAUCAUUGCGACGCAGGUCGCCGAGUUCGAUGGCGCCCCGUCACUCCCGCCGGUCAACUCUCGCUCAUCGAAACAGGAACCGAAGAGCGAGGCCAAGCCGGACGUCAAGAAGGAGGACUCCAACGGCAAAGGCGACGAACGAGACGGCCAGCCGCGAUCAAAGCAGGCAAAGGGCGACAACUCGGCAGACGUGGCCAGCGCCGUGGACCGCAGCACCUCGAACGGUCACGGCGCCGCGGCUUCAAGCAGCCAGGAUGACCCGGCAGCCGCUGGCGAGAAGCGCAAGAGGCCGAGCGAUGGCGACGAGAUCGGCAGCGACCUCGACGACUCGGACGACGAUGAUGCCGACGGCGGCGUCGACGGUGACGGCAACGACGACAUGCUCCUAUGCCUCUACGACAAGGUCCAGCGAGUCAAGAACAAGUGGAAGUGUGUCCUGAAGGACGGCGUCGCCUCGAUCGAUGGCCGCGACUACCUCUUCACCAAGUGCAACGGCGAGUUCGAGUGGUGA